AACUGAUCGUUUAUCUGUCAAGUAGGAUUGAUUAAAAGCAACGGUAGGAAACGAAGGGGAAAAGCAAGCAAAUCAUCUUUUUCUGCUCGACGCGAAAGUGACGAAGUUUUGUGAUAAAACCUACAGCUUUUCUCAGAUUGAAGCCAAAAGUGCAACGGUGUUUAGCGGUGCGAAAAACAUCCGCACGUUUGUACCGUGUGUAAACGAAGAGAACUGUGGUACAUUAGGCAGCAAUAAGCGUACCCCUUACAAUACGAUGGAAGCCCUCAUUCCGGUGGUCAAUAAGUUGCAGGAUGUUUUCAACACCGUAGGGUCGGAUGCUAUACAGUUGCCACAGAUUGUCGUCCUUGGCAGCCAGAGUUCCGGUAAAAGUUCGGUCAUAGAAAGCCUGGUCGGUCGAACAUUCCUUCCGCGUGGAACCGGCAUUGUAACGCGUCGUCCUUUGGUCCUGCAGCUCGUCUACACACCACUCGAUGACCGUGAGCAUCGCUCGGCUGAACAUGGCACGGUGACCGCGGAGGAAUGGGGUCGUUUCCUGCAUAUUAAAAACAAGGUUUUUACCGAUUUUAACGAAAUUCGCGAAGAGAUUGAGAACGAGACAGACCGAAUGGCGGGAGCAAAUAAGGGCAUCUGCCCGGAACCGAUCAAUCUGAAGAUUUACUCGACCAAGGUCGUCAAUCUGACAUUGGUUGAUUUGCCCGGUAUUACGAAGGUACCGGUCGGUGAUCAGCCGGAAGAUAUUGAAGCACAGAUUAAGGAUUUGGUGUUGAAGUACAUCGAAAAUCCGAACUCGAUUAUAUUGGCUGUGACAGCAGCCAACACCGACAUGGCAACGAGUGAGGCGCUCAAGAUGGCCAAAGACGUCGAUCCGGAUGGUCGUCGUACGCUUGCGGUGCUAACGAAGCUCGACUUGAUGGAUGCCGGCACGGAUGCGAUUGAUAUUCUGUGCGGACGUGUCAUUCCGGUGAAGUUAGGUAUUAUCGGUGUGAUGAAUCGUUCCCAACAGGACAUUCUCGAUAAGAAAGCGAUCGAAGAUCAGUUGCGUGAUGAGGCCGCGUAUUUGCAGCGGAAAUAUCCGACGCUCGCGACGCGCAACGGUACACCUUACCUAGCCAAAACGCUUAACCGUCUGCUGAUGCACCACAUCCGCGACUGUCUGCCCGAUCUGAAGACGCGCGUUAACGUGAUGGCAUCUCAGUUCCAGUCGCUGCUGAAUUCGUACGGUGAAGACGUUACCGAUAAAAGUCAGUGCUUGCUGCAGAUCAUAACAAAGUUUGCAUCGGCCUACUGUUCCACGAUUGAGGGCACGUCGCGCAACAUUGAAACGACCGAGCUGUGCGGAGGUGCACGGAUUUGUUACAUUUUUCACGAAACGUUUGGCAAAACGCUCGACUCCAUCCAUCCGCUGACGGGGUUGACCAAGAUGGACAUUUUGACCGCCAUCCGCAAUGCGACUGGUCCACGGCCGGCUUUGUUCGUGCCGGAGGUAAGCUUCGAACUGUUGGUGAAACGUCAAAUUCGUCGUCUCGAAGAUCCAUCGCUCCGGUGCGUGGAGCUAAUUCACGAGGAGAUGCAACGCAUCAUACAGCACUGCGGUACGGAAGUGCAGCAGGAGAUGUUACGUUUCCCGAAGCUGCACGAGAAAAUAGUAGAUGUGGUGACGCAGCUGUUGCGCCGACGGUUGCCCACUACUAAUUGCAUGGUGGAGAACCUGGUACAGAUUGAGCUGGCGUACAUUAACACCAAGCAUCCUGACUUUCACAAGGAUGCGGCACUGGUACCGAGCCUGAUCAAAACCGACUCGCAAGAUCAGUGGGCAGGCCAUCAGACGGGCAAUCCACCGAGUCGGCGUCCCGGAUCGAAUAGACAGGUAGCUCUGGUUGAUAAAACAGGCAUGCUGAACUUAAAUCAUGAUGCAAAUCAACAACAAACGGCCCACCAACAGCAACAGCUGCAAAACCAUGUGGCAGAGCAACAUGGAUGGCUGGGAAGCAUUUUGCCGCCGAAUAUGGAAGCCAUAAUCGGUGCAGGUGGGCAGAUUAGCGGACCGGGCAGUGAAAGUGGCAACAGCACAGCCAGCAACACUCCGACCCAUGGUAUACUUAGCCCAACUAAACCGGUCAAUCUGUUGCCGGACGUUCCGAUGAACCAUUCGUCCCGCAAACUGACCGAUAAGGAACAGAAGGAUUGUGAUGUUAUCGAACGCUUGAUCAAAUCGUACUUUUACAUUGUGCGGAAAUCGAUUCAAGAUUCCGUACCGAAGGCCAUUAUGCAUUUCUUAGUCAACUUCGUCAAGGACAACUUGCAGUCUGAGCUGGUGACGCAUCUGUACAAAUCCGACUCAGCCAACGAACUGUUGAACGAGUCGGAUCACAUCUCGAUCCGGCGCAAGGAAGCAAGCGAUAUGUUGAAGGCAUUAACACGUGCCAAUCACAUCAUCAGUGAAAUCCGAGAAACACACAUGUGGUAAGCGUCGUUUAAACUAUUUAUUCUCGCACACCAAAUACAUAACAGUACGUACCAGUACCAUAAAUGGUAGCUGGUCGAUGUUUCCGGUGCUGGAAAAGGAGUGAUACCCGUUAAUUACGUUAAGCUUGGGAGAUGGAAACGUUCAGCUUGAAAGAUGCAGCAGUACCAGCACGCGUACAUUCUAAAAACGCCCGAAUACGUUUCGCUUGCAAGCAUCUCAAAAUUACAUUAGUGUGUCGAACAUUUUGACCCCAGUAGAACAUACACAUUUACGCACGCCAUACGAACGGACAGCAUUACCUUUCUGUUCGGUACACGAUUGAAUGGAACAGCUUGUGUUAGACCAGUAUGGAAAUUAAUCAAUGGAAAAUUCUUCAUUCUUCACAUGAAAUGUUAAACUAUUCAAUAUUUGCUAAAUAAUAAUAUACAAUACGAUCGUGUCCCCCCGCAAAUUAAAAGUGGGACCUCGACAGAAGAUAAGAGAAAUUGUACCCAUACGCAUCAUCAUACAUUGAUUUUUAAGGAUGACACAAUCUGUAGAAUAAUUUGAGAGCAUUAGAUACAUCAUCUCCUAGCAAAGGAGAAGCAUAUUUCAAAUGGUUUUUCCCAAUACCAUUCGCUUCCCGUUUCUCUCUUCCUCUAUGUCUUAAUAUUACUCAAAUAAUGUAUUGCAGUGUAGAAGAAUGGAAAGCGAACUCGACGCAUAACUUGCUGCAGUUUUGCGAACGAAUGACGGAAAUGCUUUUGCUAGUUCAAAUAUACCAUCCGGAUGCUAUUUAGUGUGUGCCGAAGCACGGUUCAGUGAAACAGAUUCCAUUCCUAUCCCGUCCAGUUCAAGUUCUGGACCAUUCCUACUUCGGUUUCCUCCGAAAAUGUCGCUCUCUCGAUUCGAAAAAUUGAAAUUAUGGACAGAAAGGUAAAUCGCCUCGAAAUUUUAAACCGUUAUUCGCACUAGAAACGCACUCAAAUCUCAGUUGCUUUCGUACUUUGUGAGUUUUCCGGGGGUCAGCACAAUCGAAAAUUCUAGUUAGCAAAAUAUCGGUACACGGUAGAAAACGGUCCACCACAAGUCUGGGAGCUGCAUUUCUGAUAUGAAUAAUGUAUGUUUUUUGUCUGUAUUGUUAAAACUGCACUCGUGUGGUGCUAUAAUUGACGCCUUUUCAUUGUGAUUGUGCAUUUUUUGUUUAAACUCUGUAGAAAGAGAUUAGGAGGACAUUAAAAGACAGUUUGCUGGUUUGCUGGAAUAAUACAAAACCAAAAUAUUGUACACUUUCUA